GCUCAGCAAGACUCCUGUCCCUCCCUCUCAAAGCUCCACCUGAUUGGGACCCGUCACAAGAGCCAAGGAAGAACAUUCACAAGAUUGUGGCUGGUCAGCGAGAACCUUCACUUGGUUUUUAUCGUGGACAGGAGUUGGAGCGGCUCAGACUAGCGACGGAAGCACAUUUGGCGGAAGCAAGCGCCAGGAUUGGGCAUGACGCACCUGCACUGGCGGAGGCAGUGAGAGCGAGCACUCGACCCAUCCGUACCCCGCCAGUUGCGCCACCACCUACACCAUGUUCUCCUACCUCCAGUCGAAUCUGAGCGGAUGGCACCAGCUUCCUUCGCUCGCGGCCGGUGCGCUGUCGUCGGGCUUGCAGCGCCGCGUUAUCUCGUACCUCCUCCGUCGGCUGCUGGGCCACCUCGUGAAGGGUGGCGAGCUCAAUCUCGACCAGAUUGAGGCGGCCAUUGGCAAUGGGAGGGUUGAGAUUCGAAAUGUUGACCUGAAUCCGGAUUCCUUCAAUGCCAAGCUCCCGCCGCUGAUUCGCGUCGAGUCUGGCUCUGUGGGCUCUAUCUCGAUCCAGAUUCCAUGGACAGGGUCUUGGAGUGGUGGCGAGGUCGUCGUCGCGAUUGCAGAUCCUCAGCUAACGCUGUGCCUCAACGAGACAGCCAAGAGGUCAUCUUCCGAAAGCCCAGUCGCCCAUAUGUCUUUGGUCAAUGCCGCCGAGGAGGUCCUCUACGAUGACCCCGAAGGUAGGCAGCUGGAGCAAAAGCUCGAAGAGUCCAUCCUCGAGGAGAGUCGGGCCAGCAUGGCGGCCGGUUCGACGUCGUCCUCGGACCCGGCACCCGCUGUGCAGCCUCGUACAUUGGUCGAGUCGCUCGUAGAUCGCCUUUUGGCUCGUCUGAGGAUCUCAGUGAACAACACAUCCAUAAUACUGCGUCGUGAAUCUACCUCGGUUACUCCGUUAGACCUGGAAAUGAAGCUGGGUCAGAUCGAAGUCACGUCCAGGCCAGACAUCCCGGGGCCAAACGCAGAGAUGGACGGACCACCGCAACGGGCUAGCGUAACAAGGACAAUCACCAUCAACGACGUCGGUGUCUGGGUCACACUUUCUCCUCCACUUCCUUUCGGCGAGCACGACGGAGAAGGUACAGAUGCGCCCUUGUCCGACGAAGACUACGACGACGAGGAUGGAGAAGCGGACGAAUACAUGGAGAUGAGCCAGGCGAUUCCCGAUCUGCGCCAAAGUCAGAUGCAACAAUCGACUCUUUCCGAAGGAUCGACAUCUGCCAGCAUGUAUGCAAGCGCCUUCGACGAGAAUCCACCUGCUCGACCGAAAGCGGACUCGAGUCCGAAACGACAUAAAGUAUUCUCGAUUGCUUCAGACCCAAUCGUACUCAAGAUGACAGAGUCGACCAACGAUCUAUCCUCAGAGAGCGACGGGUCUGGGCAGAUCGAAAUGCGCUUCGAUGCAGUAGUGGGGAACAUCGUCGGAUUCCUCGAGCCCUCGACGGCGGGAGCCCUCUUCAGCUUCUCUGAGGACGUGCUCAAGGCGAUGAAGACGCUCGAAGACAAUGAAGAAUCUCCGUUGGGGCCGGCACCACCUCAGCAGCGCUGGCCAUUCACGCUGAGCUGCAGUGUCAUGGUUCGAGGAGCUCAUUUGCUGUGCGCCUAUGAGCCUUCGUCCACUUUGGACCCUCAAAGGCUAGCACUUUUCGAUCAGUCGAUGACCAACUUCUGGCUACGACCCGCUCGCGUCCAUCCCUCCAUUGGCCAUCUGCGACUUCGAAUGGACAGUGUUACUGGAAGCUGGCGGAUAAGCAAGGGCGAAACAGAAAGCCAUGCAGCGCUCAAGGUGGUGGACCUCGGCUUGUUCGAGCACCUGUCACCUGCCCUUAUCGAGGGAACCGACCUGGCUCCUAUUCUUCCGCUCGCCGUUUUCGAUUUCCAGCUCAUGAAUCAGUACGACUCAGUGGCUCCAAUGAAGACAGCAGGCCGGAGCCGGCCCGAAGGACAGAGGCGUGGGCAGCUCGACGCUCUGACUAUCGAUGCCUUUGACUGGCGAGGGGCCAGCGUCGCGGGCGAAGGGUCACGAUCAGGUCCUUACUGGAAGGCUGGCUAUGGAGAGCGCGGGUGGAAGAUGAGGCCAAAACACCGUCGUUCGGCUUCGACGAGCACGACGAUGUUCGAAGGCGAAGAAUCAAACGCCUGCAUCGACGUCCAGACGAGCUUAGAUUCGUCACAAGAAAGCUGCGUCAAGCUCGCCCCGCUGCACGUCUUUCUAGACGUCUCUACGGUCGAUCGUGUGCUGCCGUUGUUGCGUUCGCUGAGCAAGAAUGCUAGGACAGACAACAUGAGUGGUGCCCAGUCAGACUUGGCCCAAUCAUUCGAGACGCUUCAUGCGCCCUCUUCUCCUCUUCAACAAUUCUCAGGAAGCCUGUCUUUGGAGCAUUUCGAUGACGUCGCUAUUCGAUCUGGGAAACACUCUUCCCUUUCGGUGACUUGCGACCUCGUCAGAAUUGAGUUGCGAGUUCCGUUGAGCGUUCCGCGCGUUGGUCUCAAGCGCAACAAGGCCCUUCGCAAAAUGCUCUUGGGCCUCGAGGUCCGAACGGGCAUCGUCAUCCUUGACGCUCAAAUGGUCAGCCUCAGCAUACACGGCAUGCGGCCACCCGAUGCCAGCACAGACCAGCCAACGAUUCAUCGCGACCUUCCGUCUCUGUCCAGAGGCAGCAGAGGGCAAGAGGACGGUGUCACCACCUCGAUCGAUCAGAUCACGCUCUUCUACAAGGGCGUCUCUGAAACCCGCGCCUCGGUUUUUGCCAUUCUUGGUAUGCUGACUUCCGAAGAAGGCUCACCUGGAGCGGCGGCGAAUGUUGAGUUGGAGAGGCCGCUGCCUCCCAGGCUCGUCUAUUCAAGCCAGCCAGCCAGAGCGAAGAGCGGAGGACAUGACGCAGUCGCCGGUCCCGAACGGGGACUCCUUGAUUGUCAACUCCCGGCGCUUCGUGUCAGCUUAUCGAAAGAACUCCUUGAUGGGCUCGAGCUCAUGGCGGACGACCUUACACUUUGGUCCUCUGGUCUUGGCGUCGACGACAACAGCGAGACGGACAAUGGGACAGAGGCACUCAAAAUUCUCGGCAGUCGUUUCUUCGGUUCCAAACACAGCAUCUCGGCGCUUUCGGGCAGUUCUGCAUCGACGGAGGUCGCGAGGCAAUCGGCUUCGGUACCGGCCCUGUCCUUGAGCGUCAGCGAGGUAUUUGUGUCGCUUCUGGUGCCUCGACGUCAGCCGAAGGGCAGAGGCCGCCCUCGCGAGCUAGGACUCUCGCUGUCAGAGUUGAAGCUCUUCAUUGACACCAAACACGGCGUGGGGUCUACACUGCUCGAUUUUUCCAUUCUCACGGCUACGCUGGACGAUCGCAGCAAAGAGAUAGGCAACCAGAACCUUGUCUCUCGGACAUUGGAGCAAUCAUUGUCCCGAGGCGUGCAACCAGUCAUCAAGAUUGCCUUCAUCUCGACAACGGAGGUCGAAACGAGCUACCGCGAGUCCAAAGUGGAUGCCUUGAUCGAAGGAUUGACGCUGAGUUUCGAUGGAGAUCCGUCUCUGCUGGAGGAUCUCCUGAUCUUCGGACGGUCUCCGGAAGGAGCCUUUGAACAUGUCGAACCGAACGAGGUGACUCGCAUCACCGUGCGAAUUAAAGAUACCUCCGUCCUCGUUGGACCUCUUACUACCGACGCGCGAGGCGUGCUCAUCGUAGGCGAUUUCAAGCUCAAGACGAACCUGAUGCCCGACUACCCAAAGACGAGCAUUCGCGCAUCUCUGUCCGAUGCAUUCGUCCUCGUCGCGGAAAAGAUGCAGGAUCUGCCUACGGACAAACGGCAGAGGGCAAGGUCUACGCUGGAACACUGGGGGAAACGUGGAUUGGUAUCCUUGGUGGCGCUAAGCGAGACCAAAGGUGCUGUCGUCUUGAGUAAAUUGACACGGCCUGAAGUGGAUGUCGACGUGACGAGGCUGCUUGGCGAAGUCAAGGCCUGCGCCGAUACGCUCGGCAUCGUCGCAUGUCUUGUCGACGGCUUGACUCCCCCAGCGGCGCCGGUAAGCCCCUCGGAAAGCCAUUCUGACUCGGUCUUCUCUCAGAGAACGCGUCAGAGCAGCAAUAACAGCAGCAGCUCCGCCACCACCGCCAUCGGAGAGGAUCUUCUUGCCAGCGUUGACGAGGGUGCCUUUGCUCAGGCCCACGCUUUCUCUUCAACGCCGGACUUGAUCGAAGAUGAUAUUCCCCGCAACCUAGACUACCUUGCCACGACCGACGACGGUCGUGCGAGCUCGCCCGACGUCGAAGCGCAGACGCUUUAUGACGGGGACGUACUAGGUAGUGAGUCUAUCGAGUCUUUGGCACGCACGCAACGGUCGAAUGUAGGUCCCUCGACGGGCAAAGUCCUGUUUCAAGACGACAUUGUUACGGUCCGCCUGCUUCAUUCCGACGGAAUUCGACCACGACCAGGUUAUUUCACUGAUCCAGAGCAACUGGCCCAGCGAGAAAAGAGGAGUAACGAGCCGACUAGCUCAUUCCGUCUUAGACUGAGCGGAUGCGAAUUGGCGCUGCGCCUCUACGAGGGCUUUGAUUGCCCGUCAACACGAAGCGCAUUCGAGGAAGAAGCUCGCAGGCUCAAGAGGAGAUUACAGAAAAUCGAGCAGAUGCUCCAUCAAGGUCAGACGCCAGACGACAGCGUUGAAGAGGUCGCGGCCGAUCUGCUUGCCUCACUUCACAUUUCGCCACCGGUCGAGGCGACAGAGGCGGGGGAGGCGGGCGACCCUACACUUUUGAUGCAGGCCAUCGAGGAAGAGCUUGGUGACCAAUCAGAAACAGCCUCCUCCGAUAGCACUUGGCAGCCUCUUCCAGCCGGCCAAAGUACAAGACGGGGAAGAUCGUCGUCGACAUCGGCGCACCCGAAGCGCAGACGCAACAAGCUCAUGAGAUCACCGAGAUCCAAAAUCGACAUGGUCUUCAAGGGCGUGGCAGCGGAAUUCGACAAAUUUUCGAAGUCUCAUGCGAUUGAGUCCAAGGUCGUCUUUACAGCCAAGACCUUCAAGAUCCUCGAUCAAAUGAGCACAUCGACUUGGAACACUUUCCUGACGAGAAGGGCACAGGAAGCUGACUCGAGGAUCCCACCCGAGGCGUGGACGAAGGAGAUGGUCCGCUUUAAGAUUGUCAAUGUGCGACCGAACUACGACCAGGACCCCGUCAACUCCCGGCGACCUCAACAGGGUUCAACGAGCACCGAAGCGAGGUUCUACGCGAAAGUGGCGCCACUCAAAUUGCAUGUCGAUCAGGAUGCCCUCGAUUUUCUGAAAAAAUUCUUUGCGUACAAACCGCCCGACUCAGUUCACCGUGCAGCGUCGACCUCGACGAAGGAUCACGAGGCGGCAGGAGGAACAACGACAGGGUCCUUCAUCCAGCACGCGGAGGUCUGGCCCGUCCACUUGAGCUUGGACUAUAAGGGGAAAAGACCGGAUCUCAACAGGCUGAAGCGUGGCGAGAUCAUCGAGAUGAUGAACUUUUUCAACUUUGAGGGAGCCGAGAUGACGCUGCGACACCUGACGCUGCGGGGCAUCACUGGCUGGCCAAGGCUGUUCGAUACGAUGAAUGACGUCUGGACUCCGGACGUCAAGGCGAACCAGCUCGUCGAUGUCUUGUCAGGCAUCGCUCAAGUAAAGAGCAUCAUCAACGUCGGACAAGGCAUGGCGGACCUCAUCUUGACGCCGCUCGAGCACUACCAGCGCGACGGAAACGUGCUGAGAGGGUUGCAAAAGGGUACGAAGAGCUUCGUGAAGAAUACGACAUUGGAGGCCGUCAAGCUCGGGGCGAGGCUGGCGACAGGAACGCAGGUUCUACUGGAGAGGGCCGAAGAUGUGCUGGGCGGAAGUGGAGCGAGGGAAUACCGCCAGUUCAGGAGAGAGGCCGAAAGAGGCUCCUUGGCCGCAUCACAGAAGAAGCGGCGAGAUGCGCGGUCGAUUGGAGAUGAAGAAGAAAGCGCCUCUCCCUCGGAAGAAGAGGAAGAGGAAGAAAAACGGCAAUUUAGUCGCUAUGCCAAUCCCCCGAGUAAUAUACGCGAGGGCCUUACGCAAGCCCAGACAGACCUCUUGCAAGGCUUCAAGGAGGGCGCUCAGACGAUCCUGGCCGUUCCAAUGGAGGUCUACGAGCGUGGUGGCGGAGGCGAGUCUUCGGCAGCUGUCGACGACUUGCAGCGGCGAGGGGGCGGCGGGCCCAAGCCUGUGCUAAGGGCCGUGCCGAUCGCCGCGCUGAGGGGUGCCGCGGGCGCUAGUGGAGCCGUCGGCACCAUGCUCAUGGCGCUCCGAACGGACCUAGGAGGAAACCGGAACGAGGUUGAAGAGGAAAAGUUCAAGAAAAAGUGAUUUUAAAGACCUGCUCUCCAAUUGCCACACACUGUACGAUAAUUCACACAUAACACAAAUCUUGAUCGACC